GACAACGGCAACUCUGGCAAACAGCACGUGUAUAAAUAUAAAAUAAUUUUGGUUGCUGUUUAUUUUCACAUAAAAUGGAUGUAGUAAAAGCAGUUUUAGAAAAACACCAAAAGGAAUUGGAUAAAUACAAGCCAAUCACUGUAGAGAAGCAUUUGGAGUGUCGCUUAGAUGUCGGAACACUGCUAAUCACAGAUCCCAACGACCUGGAUGACCGGGAGCUCAUUAAAAACAAGGAAGAUUACCUAGCUGCCUUAACACGCGACAAUGCACAGCUGCUGGUCAAUGCUAUAUGGGAGCUGCCUACAGAGCGUGUAGAUGAAAGCAUUGUAGCCAAGCUGCCGGAGCCAACAACAGUCCUGCCCCGUUUGCGAAAGGUACCUGGUCCGCGUCCACUGACAAAAUGGGAGAAGUUUGCCAAGGAAAAGGGUAUCACAAAGAAGAAGAAGGAAAAGAAAACCUACGACGAUGUUUUGGAUAAAUGGGUGCCCACAUAUGGAUUUAAGCAUGCUGAGGCUGCGAAGGACAAGGACUGGGUGUUGGAAGUGCCCCAAAAUGCAGAUCCUAAUACAGAUAUGUUCCAAAAGAAGAUUGAUUUGCGCAACGAGAAGGUGGCCAAGAACGAGAUUCAGCGCAUGAAAAAUAUUGUGCGAGCAAAGAAGAUGGACAUGCCACGCAGCGGUUACCUAGGACCAGAGGCCGCCUCAUCGAAUCAACUACAUACGGCCAUGACAGUUGCCAAGUCUUCGACUGCAUCGGUGGGCAAAUUCCAAAGCAAACUGCCCAAGGAGAAGGAGGCACGCGGUCUAGGCGUGAAAGAGCUGAUACCUGGUGCCAAGCGAAAAGCAUCGCAUAUCACAGAUAGACCUGAGCGUGAGGCCAACUUGGAUCUCAUCAAGAGUGUCCUGAACAAAAAGCCGAAGAUAGAUGUAGAUAAGGCGAUAUCAUUGCAAAAACAAGAUGAACGAAUGGAACGUGAAGCUGAGGCUGGCAACAGACCCGCCAAGAAGGGUGGCAAAAAGGGCAAGGGCAGUCGCAAGGCAGUGGGCAAGAAGCCCAAGGCUCAUCAAGGUCAACGCGCACCGGGCAAGAAGGGUCAAGCUGGUCGCAAGCGCCGCUAGGACGCAAUUUCUCCUUUAAACUAGUACAUUUUUAUUAAAAGAGAAACAAUAAUAAUAAGGACACUAAGAAAACUAA